CCUCUUUGGGAAUAGCACUCAAAAAAACGACUAAAGAAUUUAAUUUGAGAACUUAAAGGUAAAGAAAUCGUAUGAUGAGCGAAGCAAGUGAUCCAAGUGACAUCGAAACGUCCGAUAAACAAGACGAUAAAGAUAUAGACUUUAACGUGGAUGAUUAUUGUCAUGAAAUUGACAGCGAUGACUCCUUUAUUGAAUUGCCGGAGAAUAACGUUAACAUAAAGAUAAAUAAUCAACAAGAUGGUAAAUAUGCAGGCCAAGUAAUUUCUGGACACAGAUUCGACAAGAAAUUGAUAUGUAUUAAAUAUCCAGGAAACAUUGUUAAUGUCGAUAAAGCUAUUGAAACAUUGGGUGGCAUUAGUUCUAUAUCUAUGACUGUAGAGGCUCCUAACAGAAGAUUAGAACUACGAUUUAGAUCUGACGAUGGUUAUAGCAAGCCUACUUGUGGGGAUAGACAUAGUACAAAUGGCUUUUUAUUUAGAGUUAGAAUAAACAGAAAUAAGGUAACACAAGUCAAAAAUGUUAUCAUGGAGCUUAUAAAACCAAAAUCUAUAGAUAUUGUAGACAUAAAAGUUAUUCCUGCUAGUAAAGACCUUUACAUUCCCUUGAAAAAAAUAAACAAAUUAAUUCAAUAUUUGCUAUUAUAAGGAAAAAAGUAUAAUCAUGAAGGCAAUGUUAAUGUUGAUCAUUUUGUUAACCAGGAAAAAAAUUGCAGUGUCAACUUUAUUCAUUGUAAUAAUAAAGGAGCAGCUGAAAAAAAAUAUGCUACAGAUAAUAAAAACCUAUAUGAUACGUAUAUAGACAAGAGUCUAUUGAAAAGGAAAAAGAAUCUGUUUAUCUUCAACAACAAUAAAUAUGAAAAUUUAUCUCAAGGAACAGAUUACAAAGUGCCACGUUUAAAAAUAUUGGGAAGAAUAGAGACUGAAUUCAAAUUUACGAAUUUAUGUGAUUUUCAAUAUGUGCCAAUGACACAGAACAGAUCAAAUCCAAAAAAAUUGGAAUGUAUAUACAGCUUGAUUUAUCCAACGGACAUUCCUCUUUAUUCUUGGUUGAAGAACGAUGUACCUUAUUUUCUACCACCAGCUGUUUUCAGCAGAAUGGACACUGUCCAACAGUAUAUACCCAAAACUGAAAUAGAUUCAAACUCAGACAAUGUAAUUGGUACAAACAAAAAAUCUAAAGCAGGCUUUCCCAGUUACGUGUACUUUUCUACAUCUGAAGUACCUACCGCGGCGCCAAAAGGCAUUGAAACAGCUAUGAAAGUGAAAUUUCUUCAACUUCAAACCACACACUUGGAUCAAGUACGUCAACUGUUUGAAGAGCGUCCAAUCUGGUCAAAAAAUGCCAUUAUGUAUAAAACACGAUUUACGUCCGAACAAUUGAAGAUAUUAUUACCAUCAGUAGCAUAUUAUUUUAUGACUGGACCAUGGAGAAUUAUGUGGGUAAAACUGGGCUAUGAUCCAAGAAAGGAUGUUAAUGCAAGAAAAUAUCAGACAUUGGAUUAUAGAUUAAAAGCUAUGCAUGGAUUAGGUUCAACUGUCAGAUGUAAAAGAAAUUAUUCAAAUUACACAUUACCGUAUAAAUCAGCACCUGUUUCUAAACAGAAACCUGCAGUACUUACUGCUACGUUGAAUCAGGAACAAAAUUUGAAGAAGGAGCGGCAUUUAUACGAGAAUGUGUACAUAUACCGGGAAGGUAUGGUACCUCCUUCUCGACAAAUGUUUUAUCAGUAUUGUGACGUCUUAGUAGCAGAAAUACAGGAAAUGUUGGCAAAACUCCCUGAUCCUUUACCUGGUAUAAGAUGUCAUGAAAAGAGAGGAUGGCUGCCAACUGAUUUUGACGUACAGUGCAGAGAAAUUUUAAAUAAACAAGUACGAGCUGUUUUGAGAAAAAGGAUGAAUAUUCCUGAGGAUCAUCCAACAUCGCUUCCACGAAAACGGAAAUAUGGCAUUAAAUUAAAAUAUAAUAAAAUGAUUAAUAAAAAAACAAAAAAGAAUGCAACAAAUUCUACGGAAAUUUAGGCUAAUAUUUAAAGUAUUACGUUUAUUUCGAAAUUAA